AUGGGGGCGGGCGUGAACAGCACCCUGGCCGUGGCGCUGACGGGGCGCCUGGAGGAGCGGCUCGGGGUGGCGCUGCCGCCGACGCUGGUCUUUGACUACCCGACUGCGAGGAACAUUGGAGAGUUCAUCGCGGCAGCAUACCCUGCCAUCCUCCCUGCACCCACGCCCCUCCUCCCGUCCCCGGCAGCCCCCGCGCUCACCACAGGAGCCGGCGCCGGCGACGGGGCCAUCGGGUCAGCAGGGGCGGCAGCGCCCGCGGCCCUUGAGCAGCUCGUGGCAUCCGAGGUUGCGGCGCUUCUCGGGGCCAGCGCGCCGCCCCUGGGCGCCGACGAGCCGCUGAUGGGGGCGGGCGUGAACAGCACCCUGGCGGUGGCGCUGACGGGGCGCCUGGAGGAGCGGCUGGGGGUGGCGCUGCCGCCAACGCUGGUCUUUGACUACCCGACUGCGAGGGACAUCGGAGAGUUCAUCGCAGCAGCACACCCCUCAGCCCUGGCGGCCCACGCGGCAGGCAACCUCGCAAAUGUUGCCAGAGUCGCACGUGGAGUUGGCGGCGGCGCCCCAGAGGCGACCAGGGCGCCGGCGGCGCCCGCGGCUGCGGCUGAGGCAGAAUCGCUCGUCCGAGCGGCCGUGGCGGCGCUGCUGGGGGCCGGCGCGCCGCCCCUGGGCGCCGACGAGCCGCUGAUGGGGGCGGGCGUGAACAGCACCCUGGCCGUGGCGCUGACGGGGCGCCUGGAGGAGCGGCUGGGGGUGGCGCUGCCGCCGACGCUGGUCUUUGACUACCCGACCGCGAGGGGCAUCGGAGAGUUCAUCGCUGAAGCACACCCGGCGGCCCUGGCGGCCCACGUGGCAACCAACCCUGACCGCUCAGCUGCCACCGGGGCCGGCGGCAGCGCCACCGGGGUGGCCGCGGCAACAACGCGGGCGGCUUUUCUGGCGCCCUCGGCUGCACCGGAGGCGCCACAGGCGGGGUUGGUCCUUGUGGCGUCGGCGGCGUAUAGGGUGGCAGGCGGGAGCCUGGACGACCCAGCAGAAGGCCGCCUCGACCGCACCUCCGUUGUGCCCCUCCGCCGCUGGGACGCCGACGCCCCUGUGCCUGACGCCGCCUCCCCGGCCGAGUCACACGCCCGCUUCGGCGUGUUCCUGGCCCCUCGAGACGUGGAGUGGUUUGACGCGCGCGCGAUGGGGCUGACGGCCGCGGAGGCACUGGUGGUGGACCCGCAGCAGCGGCUGCUGCUGGACGCGCUCCAGGAGGCGCUCGGCGGCGCGACGUUUGUGGGGUCUGUGAGCAGGGAUGCAGCUGUGUAUGUCGGCCUCAGCCAGCUGGAGUAUGCAGCCAUAACCCUCAAGCAGCGCACACCGAUCAGUGCGUACUACGCCACAGGAGCCCACCUCUCCGUCGCCGCGGGCCGCCUGUCCUACACCUUUGGCCUGCGCGGCGCGGCCGUCGCCGUCGACACCGCCUGCAGCAGCGGCCUGGUAGCUGCGCACCUGGCGGCGGGCGCGCUGGGGGCCCGCGGCAGGGGCGGCGGCGGCGGCGGUGGGGGCUGUGGGAUGGCGGCGGCUGGGGGUGUGAACCUCACGCUUGCGCCCAGCUGGACUCUCGCCUGCAACCGCGCUGGCAUGCUGGCGCCCGACGGCCGCUGCAAGGCGCUCGACGCAGCAGCAGACGGCUACGUGCGCGCCGAAGCUGCCGGCAUGAUGAUCCUCGUCUCCGCAGCCACUGCCGCCGCCGCCUCGGCCGCGCCGCUGGCCGUGCUGGCCGGCAGCGCCGUCAACCAGGACGGCCGGAGCAGCGGCCUCACGGCGCCCAACGGGCCGGCGCAGCAGGAGGUGAUCCGCCAGGCGCUAACCUCGGCCGGCGUGGCCGCGUCCGAGGUUUCGCUGCUCGAGCUGCAUGGGACUGGGACGCCCCUGGGGGACCCCAUUGAGGUCGGGGCGGCCGCUGCGGUGCUGCUGGCAGGCGGCGCCGGCGGCGGUAGUGCAAGGCAGCAGUCCCGCCAGCCCCUGCUGAUGAGCGGCGCCAAGUCGCAGCUGGGUCACGCGGAGCCGGCGGCCGGGAUGGUCGGGCUUCUUCGUCUGAGGUCGCAGAUUGCGCGCCGCGCUGCGUCGCCCAUCCUGCACCUGCGCACUCUGAACCCCUACCUGGACGGCGCACUCAGCUCAGGCACGGCUGCGCAGCUUCCGCGCCAGAAGCUGCCAUGGGCGCUGGCUUCGAGGGAUGAGAGGAGCAUGAUCGGCGGCGUCAGCUCGUUUGCGUUCAUGGGCACCAACGCACACAUCCUGUUGGCGGCGGCGCCGCCCCGCGGCGCGGGCCAAGCGGCCCCUCCCACGCCCGAGGCGCUCGCCGCGCGCCGACGCCCGCUGCUUUUAGAGCAGCGCCUCUUCGUGGUGCCGCACGUGCACCCCUUCCACUCCGCCCUGCUGCCCUCCGCGGCCGGCGCCGGCUCCCUCACCCUUUCGUGCCGCCUGGGCGACUUCGGCUUCCGCCGCCACGCUGCCGAUUAUGGCGGCGGCGGCGGCGGCAUGCUGGCGCUGACUCAGGUGGCCAUCUCAGCACCGGUUGUGCUGCCUGCGCCGGGGCCUCGCGGGAUGUCCGAGGAAAGCGACGGCGGGGCGGAUGACGGCACGGGCCUGGUGCUGUCGUGCCGCGUGGAUCUGCAGACCGGCGCCCUGACGCUCGUCAGUUUGGGCGCUGCGGCGGGCAGGAGCAGCGCCGCAGGCGGCGAGGAGGGCUACGAUGACGACGAUGGUUAUGAUUAUGAUUACGGCUCGGCGCCGGUGACACACGCCACUGGGUUCGUGUCGCUGGUCCGCGGCGCUGGCGCUGUCGCCGGCGUCGAGACUGCGACCAGCGGCGCCGUGAAAACCGCCGCGCUCGCGGCGCGCCUCGCCGCCUUCCUCCCGCCGCCGCCAGCAGCGGCUGCUGCUGCGGUGGCGGCGGCGACGGCGGCGGCAGUGAUCGGAGAGGUUGCGGGCGUGGACGAGGACUGGCGAGCGUCGGGCUACCUAACACACCCCUGCCAGAUCGACGCGGCGCUCCACCUGGGGGUCGCGCCGCCUGGGUCUGGGGCCAAGAUACCCGUCGCCCUCGGAGCCCUGCACGCGCCCCUUGGCCCGGCCGAGCCCGGGCGCCCGGCGCGCGCCGGCUGCCUGGCCGGGCCGGCGGCGCCCAAGGGCGGCACGGGAGUCGCCAGCUUCCACCUGGCUACCUCCGACAGCUCGGCUGCCGGGGCUGGGGGCGGCGUCGUGCUGGAGGGUCUGGAGACACGGGUGCUGGGCGCGGCGGCCUCGGCGCGGCCGGGCGCGUCGGCGGCGGCGGCGGCGGCGGCGGGCGGCGCCAGCGGCGGAGGAGAUGAGGAGUGGCCGCGGGCCAGCUACGAGGUCGUGUGGGCGGUCAGCGACCCGGCAGCCCCCUUGUACUCUGCCGGCGACGGAGCCGGCGGUGACAUCACUCUGCACGCAGCCUCGGCCGCGGCUGUGACCCCGGACGGCGGCGCGGCCGAGCGCCCGGCGGUUCCUGACGCGGCAGCCGCGGCAUCCGCGUGCAGCCUUCGAGUCCGGGCCGGCGGCGGCUCGGCGACGGCGGCCGCGGCCGCGGCACUCGGCGCACUGCAGCAGCUCGGCGGUUCAGUAGCGCAGCGGGGAGGGUUAAAUCUCAAGGCGCGCCUCGGGAUGGCAGCUGACGGCUGCUGCCCUGGCCUCGUCGGCGCAGAGGAUCGGGCGGGCAGAGCCGCAGGGGCAUGCCCCGCCAGCGUGUGGGGUCUGCUGCGCACCGCGGCAACAGAGACCCCCGACGCACGCGUGCGCGUCGUUGUCGCCGCCGCGACCGGCCCCGCCGCCGCCCGCCUGGACGCGGCGCCCGAGGACCCCGCCGCGCCCGCACCCACGCACAGCGGCGGGCUCGCGGGGUCGUUUGCGCUCGCGGGCGGCGUGGCGGCGGUGCCGCGGCUGCUGCCCAGCGCGGCGACCGAGGGAGCGGAGUGGUUCCAGGUGCGGCCGGAGCCGCGGAGCUCCCUGGCCAAUCUGGUGGCACGCGCGGUGGACCCCGCUGAGAUGCAGCCUGGCCCUGGGGAGGUGCUGCUUGCUGUGAAGGCUGUGGGCCUCAACUUCCGGGACGUGCUCAACGUCCUGGGCAUGUACCCUGGUGACCCCGGCCCCCCUGGCUCAGACUGCUCCGGCGUCGUUCUGGCUGUCGGCCCCGGGGUGCACCACCUCGCCCCCGGCGCCGCCGCCUUUGGCCUCGCCCACGGCUGCCUCGGCACCGCCGUCCUCGGGAACGCCGAGAUGCUGGCCGCCCUGCCGCCAGGGUUUGACCAUUCCGAGGCGGCGACGCUGCCCACUGUGGCCGCCACUGUCGAAGUAGCCCUCGGCCAGGUGGCGGGCGUUGGCCGCGGCGAGCGCGUUCUGGUGCAGGCAACGGCUGGCGGCGUGGGCCUCGCGGCACUGCAGGUGCUGGAGGCGGCGGGCGCUGUGGCGCUCGGCACGGCCGGCGCGCCGCCCAAGCGUGCGCUGCUGCGCUCCCUGGGCGUGGCGCAUGCGAUCGGCAGCCGUGACACAGGCUUUGCGUGCGACCUGGCGGUGGCAGCCGGCGGCGCGGACGUGGUGCUCAACUCGCUGACGUCACCGGGCAUGGUGGGGGGCGCACUGGCGCUGCUGCGGCGCGGCGGGCGACUGGUGGAGAUCGGCAAGCGCGACGUCUGGAGCGGUGCCGCGGUGGCAAGGCAGCGCCCCGAUGUGUCUUAUAGUUUCGUCGCCGUUGACUUCCUGCCGCCCCCAAUCCUGGGCGCCCAGAUGUGCCGCCUCGCAGCCCGACUCGCGGCCGGCGCAGCGCGCCCGCUGCGCGGCGCCGCGUACCCGCUGCCGUCCGCGGCCGCGGCGCUGCGGCUGCUGGCGCAAGCGACGCACAGCGGCAAGGUCCUCACGGUUGCACCCCGCGGGCCGCUGCUGCCGCCGGCGGCGCCGGCGGCCGCGCGCGCGAGCGUGGUCGUCACCGGCGGCGCCGGCGGCCUGGGGCUGCUAAUGGCGCGUUGGCUGGCCACGACCGGCCAGGUGCGGCGUAUCACGCUCCUGGGCCGCCGCGGCAGGCCCGCCGGCUUGGACGCCGAGCAAUCUUUUAGGCAGCUUGUGGCCGGCCUGAGCGGUGACGUCAUGGUGACGCUGGCGGCGGCCGACACGGGCAGCGCAGCGGACGCGGCGGACGCGUGGCGGAGGGUCGGCGGCGCUGACGCGGUGCUGCACGCGGCGGGCGUGCUGCAGGACGCCAUGCUGCCCAACCAGACGCUGCCCGGCCUACGCGCCGUCCUCGCGCCCAAGCUCGGCGCCGCGCACCCCUCCGCCGGCGGGGGCCUCGCGCCGCCGCCCGCCGCCGCCCGGCGGCCGCUGCACGCCGUCGUGCUGUUCAGCUCCGUCGCGGCGCUCGUCGGCGCGGCCGGCCAGGCCAACUACGCCGCGGCCAACGCCGCGCUCGACGCAUGGGCGGGCGCGGCGCGGGGCUCAGGGGUCGCGGCAAUCAGCGUCCAGUGGGGGGCGUGGGCGGCGGCGGGGAUGGCGUCAAAGGCGGUGGUAGAUCGGCUCAACAGAAUUGGCCAGGGCGUGUUGCAGCCGGAGGCGGGCCUCGCCGCGCUGUCGGCGGCGCUCAGGGGCCUGACGGCGCGCGCGCCGAGGGCGGCCGCGGUUGUGACGGUCAACCCGUUUGACUGGCCGACGUACAAGCGCGCGGUGCUGCAGGGAGUCAGCGGCGGCCUUUACGAGGAGGUGCUGCCGAAUGAUGACGUCAGCAACACUGCAGGCGGCCCCAGCGCUGGCCGCUACGCCGCUGUCGCCGCCGCCCAGGCCGGCGCAGGCGGCGGAUGGAGCGCGGCGGACGUGCAGAGCGGAGUUCAGGCGGCGCUGCGGGAGGUGCUGGGCAGUGACCUGGGGCCUGAUGAGCCCCUGAUGUCAGGCGGCCUGGACUCCUUGGGGGCGGUCGAGUACGUCAACCUCAUGUCGCGCCGCUUUGCGCUGCCCCUGCCCUCCACCCUCGUCUUCGACGCUCCCACCACUGCCGCCAUCUCCGACUUCAUCGCCGCAAAGCUCGCACGCCGCGCAGCCACUAGCGGCGGCGACAGCACGGGCGCCGCCGUCGGCACCACGCGCGGGAGGCGCCGGCGCGGCGGCGCCGCCGCCGCGGCCCCGCUCGCGAAGCUGCCGGCCGGCGCGGCCGUGCCUGCCGCGGCACCGUUGGUGUGCAUCGUCGGCAGCGUGCUGCGCCCGCUCGAAGCCCCUGCGGGGCCGGCCGGCGCCGCAGCAGCCGCAGCAGCGUCGCCCCUCGGCCCGCUGCCCGUGGGCGACACCAUCGUGCCCAUCCCGCCAGGCCGCUGGCCGGAGGCCGCCGGCGAAGCCGCUGGCGCUGCAAGGUUUGGGGCAUUCAUGAAAGGCACAGACCUGUUUGACGCCUCCGCCUUCGGCCUGUCCCCGGCCGAGGCCACCGCGGCGGACCCGCAGCAGCGGAUCCUCCUGGAAGCCGCCGGGCAGCUGCUCGCCAGCUUCUCAACAGAGGGCGCGGACGGGUCCCUGUCGGCAAGGGCAGAAGCGCCGCCAUUGGUCGGGAGCGGUCGCGUCGGGGCCAGGGGGGUGGGCGUGUUUGUCGGGAUCUCAUGGACAGAGUACCACAGGCUGGGGCAGGCGCACGGGCAGCUGCCGGGCAGCUACUCCGCUCAAGGCGCCGUGCUGAGCGUCGCGUGCGGCAGGUGA